GGUGUGCACGGGACACGGCCCCUGGGAUUGCGUGCCUGUGCUUGACAGACCACUCAGCAAAGUGGCGCAAUAAAUCCUCCGAGAGGAGGCGGCCGAUGACGAGUCGGAGUCAUGCCCAGAGCUUGCUUCCUCCUCGCCAUCGCCUUGUUCUCUGCCGUCUCUACUUCUGCAACGACGAACAAUGCGACUCGGGUGCGCUCCGUGAGCUUGGGAGGCUGGCUGGUGAUUGAGAAAUGGAUCAAGCCGUCGCUUUUUGAUGGAAUCGUGGAGCCGGACCUCUUAGAUGGAACUCUUGUUACAUUCGAGUCACUGGUUCUGGGAACUUAUGUGACGGCUGCCAAUGGAGGUGGCUCGGACGUCACUGCCAACGGCACCUCGGCGUCGGACUGGCAAACAUUCAAGCUAUGGCGUGUUUCCAGUACAUUGUUCCAGUUUCGGGUGUCCAAGAACCAGUUUAUCUCAGCACCGGAUUCGAGUGUCUCCGCCACCGUGGACUAUCCCGGACAGUCUGAAACGUUUGAGAUUAGUCGAAACGGUGGCCUGGUGAUGCUUCGAGCCCCCAAUGGCAUGUACCUCCAGGCAAAUGAGAACUCUCGACUGACUGCCGAUUACAAUGGGACUCUGGGAUGGAGCAGUGACAAUCCAGCAGUCUUCAAUAUGACUGUCAAUACUGUUCUUGGUGGAGAGUUCCAGCUCGCCAAUGGGUACGACAAAGAAGACGCACAAACCGUGUUCAAGAAACACCGAGAGAGCUUCAUCACUCAAGACGACUUCAAGUUCUUGGCUGCAAACGCAAUCAACAACGUUAGAAUUCCGAUUGGCUGGUGGAUUGCAUACGACCCAGAGCCUCCAUUCCCAUUCGUUUCCGGCUCGCUCGAGGCACUGGACAACGCGUUCACCUGGGCAGAGAACACCGGCAUCAGCGUCCUAGUGGAUCUCCACGCGGCCCCGGGAUCUCAAAGCCAGUGGCAACACUGUGGAACUCGGGACGGCGUUUCAGAGUGGGCCAAAGCCAACACCAGCUACAUCUCCGAUACACUUUCAGUCAUUGAAUUUCUGACCUCCAGAUACGCAAGCCAUUCCGCAUUUUUUGGCAUCGAGCUUCUCAACGAGCCAACUCAGCAGCACGUACCACUCGACGUCCUCCGCAAUUACUACGUUGCGGGCUACAGCAGGGUGAGAAAAUACAGCUCAAGCUGCUUCGUGAUCAUCUGCCAGCUGAUCGGCACAAACCCGAGCAUACUGGUGGAUUUCAUGACACCCAGCGAUGGCUACACCAACGUCGCCUUGGACGUCCACUGGUACAACCUCUUCGAGAACAGAUUCGUGAACACUUCGGCGCAGUGGAACAUCGACUAUAUCCUCAACCAGAGGAACUCCGAUCUCCAAAAGCUCAACAACGCAAACGGGCCUCUCAUACUCGUUGGGGAAUGGACCACCGAGUGGGAUGUGCAAGGAGCCACCAUGUCGGACUACCGAAACUUUGGAGUGGCACAGCUCAAAGUGUUUGGAAACGCAUCGCUGGGGUGGUCUUACUGGGGACUCAAGAGCAAGGAUCUACACUGGGACUUCGAAAGAACCGUGGAAAAGGGACUGCUCACACGCCAGAGCAACGGACAGUGGCCUUGAAAAAGAACAAACAGGGCCAGUGACAACUCUCAAGAAUAGGAUCUAACAAAAGUUCCGGGAAAACAAAUGAUUUUUUCUUGAAGCAAGGACUAUAGUUUAUAGACAAAAGUAUUUUUAUAUCCAGUUAGAUUGCUUAGUA